AUGCACUAUCACCAGGUAGUCCAACUUGUCUUUCUUGUAUCAGCAUCACUCGGAAACCCAUUGCCAAUAGAUAAAACAGAAAAAGUUCGAGAUAUUCCAGAAAUCCUCGCCAAAGCAUUCGACAAAGCCGCCAUCUACGGCAAAGACAUCUCCCAAGAUCUCACUCACCUCGAAACCAAGAUAUCAGACAUCACGACAGGCAAGAUCAAGCCAAUCUCGACAAUCGAAGAAGGCCUCUCAACUCUAUCCCUAAUCCCAAAUCACACCAACAAAACCAUCCUCCAACAUGCCAUCGACACAGUAUCCCUAGGUCUAGUCCCAACCAACAUCAUCGACAUCCUCAACGGCAUAACCAAUCAAAAAAUCAACUCCAUCACGAACAACAACCCAAAAGACCCCAACCCACCCAUCCACCCAACGAAAUCCCCAAACGAUGCACCCUACGAUAUCCCCGAAGCAACCCUCCGCAGCGCAAUCUACAUCCCACCGACCUUCUCCUACGGCCAAAAGGAUAAAAUCCCUGUCUUGCUAGUACCCGGGACCGCCGAUCCCGCCGGGAGCACGUACUACUUCAACUACGCCAAGCUAUUCACCGCAAACCCACACACCGACCCAGUGUGGGUCAACGUCCCGGGCAACUCACUAGGCGAUAUCCAGACGAACGCCGAAUACGUAGCCUACGCAAUAAACUACAUCUCGACUCUCUCGCGGCGGUCAAUCGGUGUCUUGACAUGGUCGCAGGGCAGCCUGGACGUGCAGUGGGCGCUGAAAUACUGGCCGUCGACGCGGGGCGCGGUGAGCGAUUUCAUGGCCGUCAGUGCGGAUUUUCAUGGAACGCUGGUGGGGACGCUGUGUGGGUUAGCUGAGUGGCUCUGUGCGCCGUCUGUGCGCCAGCAGGGAUAUGCGUCGCGAUUUAUUCGGGCGCUGCGAGGGAGUGGUGGGGAUUCGGCGUUUGUGCCGACGACGAGUGUGUAUUCGGGCGUGGAUGUUGUGGUUGAGCCGCAGAGUGGGUGGUGGGCUUCUGCGGCGCUGGGGGAUGGGCGUGGUGUUGGGGUGUCGAAUGUGCAGGUGCAGGUUGCUUGUGCUGGACGUGCGGCUGGGGGGUCCUAUUCGCAUUCGGCCAUGUUGGUCAAUCCGUUGGCAUAUGCUUUGUUUGUUGAUGCGUUGGCGCAUGAUGGGCCUGGGCGAUUGGAGCGGACUGAUCUUGACGCUGUUUGUGGUGGCUUGCUUGCGCCUGGUUUGGAUUUGGAGGACUUUUUGGGGAUGGAGGCUGUGUCGAAUGUGGUUGGGACGCUUGAUGUGUUGUUAUAUGGGUUUAAUGGGAGUGGGGAGCCACCGUUGAGGGACUAUGCUCUUCGCUAG